UAAAAGUUGAACAUAAAAAAUAGUUAAAAACUCUUUCAAGAGAGAAAUAUAUGGAAUCUCUAGCUAUUGGAUCACUUUGCAAGCCAUCUGCUAUGAUUCAGUACUCUGGAGUCGUUAAGCCAUCUUCUUCACUUGUUUUGAAGCAUCAAGCAUGUAUCUUCGAUAAGAAUCGAUACAUGACAUUUCAACAAAGGCAUGUCAACUAUCACAUGGCAGCUGAGAGCUUCUACAAACGAUCCAUGCUCCAUGGAAGACCCGAAAAGAAGUUCGAAUUGGAUGCAACAUCUACCAACGAUCCUGGAUCUGAUGCAGCUCAUAUGAAUCCGAUGCAAACCACUGUGAAUUUCUUGGACGUUCUUUACAGAUUUAUAAGGCCGUAUGCAGCACUUGGAACGGCUCUAAAUGUAGCUUCAAUGGCUCUACUUGCUGUUGAGAAGCUUUCGGAUUUCACCCCACUGUUCUUCGUGAGAUUGUUGCAGGCUCUUGUUGGAAGCCUGUUGAUGCAAAUGUAUGUCACUGGUUUCAACCAGAUAUGUGAUAUAGAACUCGACAAGGUUAACAAGCCAUUUCUCCCAUUAGCGGCAGGGGAUCUAUCUAUGAGAACUGCUAUUAUCGUCUCUUCACUAUCAGCAAUUAUGAGCUUAUCGAUUGCAUGGAUAACUAGUUCUGCGCCUUUAUUUUGGUGUUUGGUUGGGUGGUUUCUGGUGGGGACUGCAUAUUCAGCCAAUGUGCUUCCUUUAUUACGAUGGAAGAGGUUUCCUCUGACAGCGGCUUUAUACAUGCUAAUGGCUCGAGUAUUAAUGCUUCCAGUAGGAUGCUACAUGCAUAUGAAGAAUUCUAUCCAUGGAAGGUCUAUUUUACUUUCAAGACAAACACUCUUUGCUUUUGGAAUACUUAGUAUGUUCUCAAUUGCCAUAAUAUUCUUUAAGGUGAAAGACAUCCCCGAUAUUAAGGGAGACCAGAUGCAUGGAAUUAAAUCACUUGCUUCACGUCUGGGUCAAACACGGAUGUUCUGGAGUUGCAUUUGGGUCCUUGAAAUCACGUAUAUUGUUGUUGCCUUUGUGGGAGCUACGUCGAGCGUCACUUGGAGUAAAUAUGUAACGAUAUUUGGACAUCUGACGAUGGCAUCAUUACUAUGGAUGCGUGCCAAAUCUGUAGAUUUGAAAAGCAAGGAAGACAUACAAUCAAUGUAUAUGUUCCUAUGGCAGCUCUUCUAUGCCGAAUACUGCCUACUUCCAUUUUUACGCUAAACCAAUAGUUUUACAUUGAAGAACAAUAAACCAAUAUCAAGUAAAAUCAAGUUUCAUAUAGGCUUUCUACGUAUGGAAUUUUUUAUUCAGGUUGUGAUGAUGAUUAAUGUUGUUAGCCAUGAAUUAUCUGUUUAUUUUUAUUUUUUCUUUGACUAAUGUAUUAUUUUUAUUCCUAUAUGGUUCAUUGAAAACUUCCAGUCCGUAUA